CUCGGGGAGGGGCCGGAGCCUCUUGCCCCGCCCCUCCGAGAGAGGCUGGCCCCGGGGUGUCUGACCCAGCAGCAGUGGCGCCGGGCACCGGACAUCACUGGCCAUGAGCAGGCGGCUCGCCAUGGAGCUGGAGGAGGUGCGGCGCUGGGGCGGGGUCCGCGACCUGCACUUGGUGGACCGUGACGUGCUGCGCUGGAGGGGACUGCUGCUGCCUAACAAUCCCCCCUACAACGCGGGUGCCUUUCGCUUCGAGCUGGCCUUCUCCCCGCAUCACCCCCUGGUGCCCCCCCGUGUUACGCUCCUCACCAGCAUCCACCACCCCGGUGUGGGUCCCGACGGCACUGUGUGUCAGCCCCUCACAUCCCCCGACAGCUGGGAGCCUGUCACCCGCGCAACGCAUGUGCUACAGGACCUGCUGCUGCUGCUUGACAGCCCCAGCACCGAGCGGGUGCUGCGCCCUGAGCUGGCCCGUGAGCUGAGCGAGAGGCCCGAGGCCUUCCUGCACCAGGCAGAGGAGCACACCCGCCGCUACGCCGAGCCGCGCCCCGACACCCCCGAGCCCUGAGCCUCCACCUCAAUGCCUCCUGCCUUGUACAUAAAGCUCCCAUUUCACUCCUGUGA